AACAACAAUAAUAAUAACAGCAACAGUAACAGCAACAACAAACAGCAACAAAAUUUAUUAUUAACACACAAUUUUUUAUAGUGCUGUUAAAAAAUCCAGCCGCAAUGAGGCCUUUUAUCUUAGUUAUUGCUUGGGUGUGUAGUGUCCUUACGUUUGUUAGGGCGAUACCCUUACCCACAGCAGAAAAUAAUCAGGAAUUGGAUAUGUUGCAGAUUCCGCUUCCAAAUGGCAAGGAAAUCGAUGUUUUAACACUGGGAUCCAAAGAACAAGAAGCAUUAAUAGCUGAACGCAAUAAGAGAACAAUUGGUUUAUUACGUGAAUUAUUUCCCGAUAUAACAAAGCAAAUCGACUCUAUAGUGAAUCGUAUUAUAGCGCAAGUGAUAAGAGUUGCCGGACCAGAUUUAUUACGUUCAGUAUUAAGCAAUCGUUCAUCGCCGCAAAGACCAAAUUUGGCAGCUGAUUUCGACGACGACGACAACGACGACAACAAUAACAACAACAAUAACAACAACAAUAACAAUAACAACAACAACGAUGAUACUGAUGAUGCUAAUAACAAUAAUAUUAAUAAAGUAGACAAUGAAGCGAAUGAUAAUAAUAGAGCGACAACAAAUAAUAAUGGUAUAAAUACCAGAAUACAAAUUGAUUUGCCAACAUUUGCACCAAACAGUCAAGAGGAUUCAUCCAUUACUGCCAUCACAACUACUACUGGUGCUGCUGGUGCUGCUGCUAUGUCCAAUGAUAAUAAUGUGAGUGCGCGCGAGGCGAUAGUGUCAAACGCCACCACCAUGUCUACUAUUGUUACCGCUCUCCCUAGCACUUCGGAUACUAGCACCCCCGAAUCCUCUAUAACCACCACCACCACCACAACCACCACAACCAAUAGUCCCAUUUACAUAGUACCUCCCAAAACAACAUCCACUACCAAUAUUGCAUUAUCAUCAACAUUAUCAACAUUAUCAUCAUCAACAACAACAACAACAACAACAACAACAUCUCCUGUUAUCCUUAGCACGACCGUUAACAAUCCAAUAACUGCAAUUCCCUCAAAUAAUUACAAUAAUAACGAUAGUAACAUUAAUAAUAAUAAUAAUAAUAAUAACAAUCCAACGGCAACAAUCGCAAGUGUUUUAACAACAUCUUUAAAUAAUUUGAACAAUGAUCAACUGAAUGAUAAAAAUAAUGAUGAUCAAGUUGACGUUAAUACGCGAGAUGUUGAUGAAUCACAACUUGUUGCUUUAAUCAAUGAUAUAAAUCGUUUAUUAAAUUCUACAAAUUAUUUUGUUACAACCAGAACUGAUCUCGUCGCUAACAAUGACAACUCCCACGCAACGGCAACGGCAACGGCAACGGCAUUAAAUGUUUCGAUAAAUGAUGAUGAAAGUACAACAGUUAAAAUAACUAAAUUACUGCCAAUUAAUUAAUGAAAAUUUCAUACUAUACACGCAUAUAAAACUGUAUCUGUAGAUUUGUCCCGCACCAAUAUGAACUGCACCAGAAGCCUAAUCGACGACUCUAUCAAUUAUGCAUAAUGAUAAAAUGAAAGCAACUAUACGAGCGAUUACAACGGAAGUGUGAUUCCUUCCUUUAUAAAUUUUUGUUUCUUUUUUUUUUUUAUGUUUAUGAAAGCUAACUAUUUUCACUAUUUUACAACAAUAUUUUGCAUACACAAUUUUCUAUCCUUUU